GUUUCUGUUUCUUCUGUCUGCUUUCAAGCUGUGUGGAAAGAUGGGCAUUAUGAGUUUGACUUAUUCAUCUGUCUUGCUAUUGGGGAUCCUCUUCCCACCGAGAACCACACAGUCAUUCGAUCCAUCCACUUGUACUACAAGAAAACUAGUAGUGACAGAUUGGAGUGUGAUUGGUGAUGGCGUCCAUGAUGAUACUGCUGCCAUGAGGCAUCUCCUGUCAUUGCCUUUGGGUGAUGAUGAUUGCCAAACGAAACAUAUUGUGAUUCCAGCUCAUGCUACCGUGCUUACGUAUCCGCUGAAUUUGACCAGCCACACCAUUCUCCAGGUCGACGGGAGCUUGGUCGCCAUGGCAUCGACCCACCAUUGGCCCAUCAUGCCACCAGUCGAAAUUUACGGAGAUAGCGAAGACAGAUACGGUGGUUUUACCGUGAAUCAAUACCAAGCAUUUCUCUACGCACACAAUUCCUCACACAUUCGCAUCACGGGCCAAGGUGUCAUUGAUGGCAAUGGGCCCUAUUGGUGGGACUUGUUCAAGCGACGAGAUCCAGCACUCAAACCAGCCGGACGGCCCAAUCUCUAUCAAACGGUUUAUUGCUCCCACUUGGAAAUUGAUACCGUUACCAUGAAGGAUUCUCCCUUUUGGACCGUCCAUCCCAUGCUAUCCUCCGAUAUUCAUAUUCAUCACAUGAAAAUACGAGCACCCCUCUAUGCGCCAAAUGUCGAUGGUGUGGACCCUGAUUCUGCACAGAACGUUAUGGUGGAAUACAAUGACAUUGCCUGUGGCGAUGAUCAUAUUGCCAUCAAGGCCGGUGUCUGUGGCCUCAAGCCAGCCUACUACAAUGAAUGCAUGGACCCCGCCUGGUCACAACGUGUCAAAGGCUACUUGACCAAGAAUGUCACCAUUCGCCACAAUCUAUUCCGUACCGGUAUGGGAAUUGCUAUCGGAAGUGAAACCAGUGGCACGGUUCGGGAUGUGUUUAUCUACAACAACACGAUUGGAUAUUGUCAAAGUGGUGAUAAAACACUCACGUCUUGCGGAUGGGGUCCCGCCUUGCACAUCAAGACUACCCUUACACGCAGUGGUUCCAUUGACAAUAUCGUAUUUGACCGGAAUAUUAUUUACAACACCAGCAUGUUUAUCUUUCUCGAAACCAAUUAUCAAGUGGGCAAACAAAAACUACCCUCCAACUAUCCCAAAACCGUGGUGCAAAAUAUCGUCUUUUCCAACAAUCAAGCUGUGGGACAAGCCAUGGGUGCUGGUUUUAAUUGCGACAAGCUGGAUCCCUGUCACAAUAUCACCGUGGUCAACAAUACCAUUGUCAAAGCAACACAUGACAAUCAUAAUCCAUGGGGGUGCAAGUUCAUUGAAUCGUAUAAUGUCCACAACAACACACCGGGAGGACUGGAGGAAUGCAUGGCCAAGAGCAUGAACCAAACGAGCCACGUGGACGAGUACUAUGCAGAAGACAGACUGGGCAAGCCAGGGACCCCUUGGUGGUUGGAUUCCGCUGCUGUGAACUAGCUAGCUAGAUUGGACGUAAGCAAAGUUGGCGACGAACGUAUUUUGCAGCGGGAGGGUGAGAUGUGUUCAGAUCAGCCAAGGAUUGCCCAGCAAGGCCAUCCACCACAAGACUUUCAUAUACUAGUAGCUAGCUAGAUUACACCACACAAUGCACACCAGUACGUGCUGGUCUGCAAUAACUACUGCCAGCUUGACCUUGCUUUGUGAAGCCAGGUCCAACCACCCCCCGGCAGACCCCCCAACUAACCGCCGUUUUACAAUGUUGGCCACCGGACCUUUACAGUAUUUGACACCCCUUUCCCUCAUUAAAAAGAGAUUCACGAUACGGCCACACAAAACAGAAACACAAGAGAUACCAGCAUGAUCGAUGGUGAGCAUCUAUUAUGAGAUGGGCAACAAAAACCAACGACAACAACCAAAAACAGAUGAUUGGUAAAUACGAAUAAGAAAUUGAAUUUCAUGAAUUACAAACACAUUGACUGCAUGUACAGUCCACAGGAAACGGAUCUCGAUCUGGAGCACAAUCAACAUUUACCCGAAACAAACCUGGGUUGGAACAAAGACUGUCGGGCACACUGCCGGUCAAAUGUGUGCCAUACAAGUACAACCCAGUCAAUGCGGUCAACAAUCCGAUUUCUGAAGGAAUGGGUCCACUGAGGUUGUUGUAAGACAAGAACAACCAUUUUAAUGAGGUCAUCAAUCCAAUUUCCGACUGAAUGUUUCCGCUCAACUGGUUGUUAUCCAACCACAAGUGAAGCAAAGCAGUCAACAAUCCAAUCUCAGUUGGAAUGCUUUCGUUGAACUGGUUGUCAUGCAAGCCCAAAUCAGUCAAUGCAGUCAACAAACCAAUCUCGGUAGGCACACCUCCACUCAACUGGUUGUCACGCAACCACAACCAAGUCAAUGAGGUCAACAAUCCAAGCUCACUUGGAAUCUCACCCACCACAUUGUUGUCACCCCAAUCCAAAUAUGUUAAGGCAGUCAUGUAUCCAACCUCAGUCGGGAUGGAUCCAGUGAGACGAGCCCUCCGGCGAUCAAUCCGAUUCGUAUUUGCAACAGAAUAGGUUGUACCAAAAAACUCAACUGUCUCUGGUGGUGUGACCGAGGGUGGAUUUGUAGUUGGAUUGAGAGUGGGCUGUCUGAUAGUUGGUUGUGCUGUUGGGUCAAGAGUUGUUCUUUUGGGUGGAGAAUUGGUCGGUUUGUUUGUAGAAGGAGCUACAGUAGGGUUGCCGGCAGAGGGUUGCUUGGUUGGAGUUGUUGAUGGGCUACUCGUGGGAUUCUUGGUUGGAUUGGGAGUGGGCUGUGUAGUAGUUGGUUGCACUGUUGGGUCAAGAGUUGUUCUU